CAUCCACCAUCCAUUUUUCAGUCGAUCUCAGGAUCUCGCCGCGGCAUAACGCACGGAAUCGAAUUAGAACAGUGAUUUUCCGUCGAACCAUGCUGUAGGCGCGCACCUUCCAACAGAUAAGUUCAUUGGGCGGAAAAUCCGCCCAGUCGGUGCACAACCCAUUAUGGGUGAACUGUGGCGUGGGUCGAUCUGAUGAAGUGAUCUUGUACCGAAAAGUGAGAAUGAAAUGAAAACAUCAUCUGUCGCUUAAUGCCGUUGGAUAGCGCCGUCGUUUCGUGUUUUUCUGGGAAUUUCCGUGUGAAUUUAAGCCGUGUUGAAAUAAUUUGAACAAGACAGCACAGUUUUUUUUAUUGGAAUAGUACAAAAACUCGCCAGUUCUUGUAUAGUAUUGCAACGAAGCGAAAGUGAAAAUACGACAUAGAAAACCAAUAGUGAAAAUGAUUAUAUUUAGUUUGGACGUGAUAAAUCUUAUUUUGAUCACAUGAUGCACUUUCGAAUUACAAACAGAAAAAUCAAACAGAGUGCAUUCUAAAGUUCGGUUUUUUUAGGUGUGUUCUAUUUCACCUGCAGCAAACGAAGUGCAACAGAGGUUAUCGCGUUUAACCUAACGUGCUCUAUUAGAAAACGUUUCAACCAAUCAGUGAUGUGAUAAGGCGAUGGCGCUAAAAGUGACGCGAAAAUGUUUACUCUAUUCGGUGCUGGCAGUUGUCGCGGUCGCUGCAAUACUCAGUACAAUUUUAGUGCUUGCUUUGCGCGACGACGAGGAAAUCAUGAAGAGCUACAAGUUCAGCAACAGUGAUUUGGUUAUCCAGCUGGUGGAGCAGCCCGAUCAUCGGUACGUGAUCAGUCUAGUCAGAGAUGUUACACCAAUACAACGUAUUACACUGGACCACGACUUUACCGAUGAUUCGGAGGUGGAAGCGAUCCCCGAUGGUCUUCGGUUGGAGGGCCACGGUCAACAGAUCGAAAUCAGAAAUGUCGAAGAUACACGUGAUUUUUCUCUAAUCAGUAUUACGCGAACCCUUCAGAAAGGGCAAAUCAUAUCCGAUGUGAUCCACACCGAUGAAAUUAUUCUGCAACGGGAGGUCCAAUGGUACGGCGGUCCGGAACAGAAAGAACAGUAUUACCCGGUGCAACGGCUCCGCUUUGAAGACUAUGCCUAUGUACCGAAAGAGUUGAACAGUGCGGCGAUUGUAGAACGCUACUGGCUGAAUUCGGCUGGAUUGUUUUUCUACGUGGAGAAAGAAGUUCCGCUAUUUAUUGAUCAGGACGAAAACACGUUAAGGUUUACUGCUAAGAAAGAAUUACCCUACUAUACGUACGACGAUGGUUUCGUUUUCAACUAUCGUAUUGGAGUGGCAAAGGAUGCAAAAGAGGCCCAUCUGAAGGCAGUUGACAAAGUGCUCAACAAACCGGUCGGUAUACCCGAUGAACGUAUGGUUAGAUACCCGAUCUGGUCCACCUGGGUGCGGUAUGGCCGCCCUAUCAGCCAACAGACGGUAUUGGAUUAUGCCUCCGAAAUUAAUGGGUACGGUUUCAAAAACUCACAACUUGACAUCGAUGACUACUGGGAGAACUGUUACGGUUCGUUGAUCUUCAAUCCGAUAACCUUUUCGAAUAUCACGGAGCUCACGGAACAGCUGAAAGAAAUGGGCUUUCGAGUGACACUCUGGGUUCAUCCGUUCAUCAACAAAAACUGUCAACCGUGGUACACGGAAGCGCUGUCGAAAGGUUUCCUGGUAAAAUCACACAACCAAUCCAUCGGGUACAACACCAAAUGGUGGAAUAGUGGCGAAAAUGAAGCAUCGUACAUCAACUUCAACAACCCGUCCGCCGUUGAAUGGUUCCGCCAGCGACUGCAGGAACUGCGGGAGCAAGGCAUCGACAGUUUCAAGUUUGACGCCGGUGAAACCAGCUGGGCACCAGAAGAUCCGGAUGUCGAGGGCUCCACAGCUUUGUUGCCGUCCAGCAUGACCACCAACUACGUUAGAAUGUGUGCCGCAUUCGGUCCGAUGAUUGAAGUUCGUACCGGCUGGACGACACAGGAUCUACCGGUAUUUGUACGGAUGAUUGAUUUGGAUACCCACUGGGGCAUCCGCAACGGACUGCAGUCACUGAUUCCGACUCUGCUGCAAAUGAACUUGAAUGGCUAUCCAUUUGUUCUGCCCGAUAUGAUCGGUGGAAACGUGUAUGGGGAUGAUAUAUUGACGAAGGAGUUGUUCAUCCGGUGGAUGCAGGCUAACACGUUUAUGCCUAGUAUGCAGUUUUCGAAAACACCAUGGGAUAUCGAUCUGGAGACCGUGGAAAUAACCAAACAGUUCGUUCAACUACAUGAGGACUUUUCCGACUACAUUCUACAGCGAAUGCGACUGGCGGUGGAUGAAGGUAUUCCGGUGAAUCCACCUAUCUGGUGGCUUGAUCCGGAGGACGAAGAUGCCUUAAAAAUAAGCGAUGAGUACCUUCUUGGGGAAGACAUUCUGGUUGCACCGAUUUUGAUCGAGUUUGCCAUUACGCGUGACAUCUAUUUACCGAAGGGAACCUGGCGGGAUGGUAACAACAAUCAGGUGUACGAGGGAAGCCGAUGGUUGAAAAACUAUUCCGCUCCGAUGAGUACCUUGCCUUACUUUGUAAAGACGUCAUUUCAAAUGAGAUAGUAAGCAUUGAUGAACUAUACAAUUAUUUAGGGUAACAAAUGGUACGAUGUUGUAUAUACUGUUUUAGCGUGUAAGCAUAAAAAACUGGUCUUUCGAAGAAAUGAUUCAAACAAAAAUACAUACAUACCAUUGAAGGGGAAUUUAUAUUGUUUUUAUUUUUUUAUUAGAAGACUACUUGCGU